AUGGCCGUAACAGCGAUGAGCAUGAAAGACAGACCAUCACCCAUCACCCUGGUCCUCUACAUGCUGUAUGUGUCCGGCCGAUGCGCCGUCACCCAGAGCGCCCCGGAGCCCGGCAGCUUCCCCCCUCACCUCCUCCCCCCACUCCUCCGCCACCACGCCCGCCAGCCCCACCUCCGCCACCACGCCCGCCCUCCCCACCACCCCCCGCACCAGGAGGCGGGGCUACACGCUGCCCAGGUGACGCCCUGCACCUGCCCCCUGUUCUCCUGCCAGUGGGAAGGCCACCUGGAGGUGGUGGUGCCCCACCUGCGGCAGAUGCACAGGGUGGACAUCCUCCAGGGGGCCGAGAUCGUCUUCCUGGCCACGGACAUGCACCUCCCGGCACCGGCCGACUGGAUCAUCGUGCACUCCUGCCUCGGCCACCACUUUCUGCUGGUGCUUAGGAAGCGGGAGAGGCACGCAGGGCACCCCCAGUUCUUCGCCACCAUGAUGCUCAUCGGGACCCCCACCCAGGCCGACUGCUUCACCUACCGCCUGGAGCUCAACAGAAACCACCGGCGUCUCAAGUGGGAGGCCACCCCCAGGUCUGUGCUGGAGUGCGUGGACUCGGUGAUCACUGACGGGGACUGCCUCGUCCUCAACACCUCGCUGGCCCAGCUCUUCUCCGACAACGGCAGCCUUGCCAUCGGGAUUGCCAUCACUGCGGCGACGGAGGUCUGCUCCUCGGAAGCUGAGAUGUGA